UGAACUUCGGAGCGCGGUAAAUAAGUUUGACCGGAGUUCAUGAGCUCGGGGUGGAGAAAGUAGACGAAUUGUCCUCCCUACGACCGAGAUGAAGUCAUCGAGGUCUAAACUGGAUUUGAAAGAAAAUGUUUCCACACCAGUUUUCUCACCCCGGAAAAGUUUGCGAACGACAGCCAAGGAAAAUGUUGCAGCGAUUGUCGCUAAGAUCGGGGAAGGGAGCCGAGGUCCCAAACGUGCCAGUAACCACGCCUCUAAAUCACACGCUGACAUGACAGAGAAACCCAGCUCCAAAAAGAAAGGUAACCCAGACUCUUCAGUCAUGGCCGACGCCAGCUCCACUGCAGCAAAGGGCGAUGGUUCAGAUAAUAAGAAGUCCCGAUCUAAAAGCUUACCAGAAUCAACAGACAACACAGGGUGUCCCACACCAGGAUGUAAGGGUCAAGGUCAUAUCACAGGAAAAUAUGCCAGGCACAGAACGGCCCAGGCGUGUCCACUUGUCUCAAAGAAACGGAAAGCUGAUUCCAAGAGCAGCAGCCCUUCACCGGCAGCCAAGCGCUCCCGGGGACGACCAGCGGAUGAAAAUGGCGCGGAGAAAAAGGACACAUCACAUUUAGAUAAAAACGGAAAUGACAAAACUCCUAAUUUAAGUAGAAGCUCGAGCCCAGCAGUAAGUGAAAAACCUCAUUCUGUGCCUCUUAAGAGGACGUGUUCACCAAAGAAGUCCUCUCGGUCAAAAGAAAGGAAAGCGGAUAAAGGUGUAGAAAAGACAAAUGGAGGCGCUGUGGAUACCGAGGAGGAAGAAGAGAUGGAUGAAGAUAGGAGGUGUAUCCGAGAGGCAGAGCGUGCGCUUAGAAGUCUCUCGGGCGAAUUUGAAUCUCCACCUGCCCCAUUCUUUAGUUACUCGGAAGAUAAAGAUGACAGUUUUUACAAAGAAGUCAGCAAUGAUGAGAAGAAAGAGGAGAGCAAAGAGAAAGUAAAAUCACAGAAAAAUGCGAAGAAAACAGAGAAAGUUACGAAGGAGUGUACUGAUGAGACAGAUAGUGCCCUUCCUGAAAAAAUUGUGGUGAAGGUGGAGAAAAUGGACGAUGUUUCUGAAGGGAACUGUACGGAUGACAGCGGAUUUGAUCCUAAUGCCUCAACAUCAUCCGAAAACGAUGUGGACAUUUUACUUCGAAUUGAGCAGCAGUGUGCAACUAUUCAGUCACAGGCUGAGAGCCAGGAUGUAGUAGAAGAACCUGAGGAGUGUACGGAGGACAUGGAAGAAGAGGAGGACGUGAUUGUGAAGGAGGAAGAGGAGGAGGAGCAGAAGAUGAAGGAUAUGGAAGUGGCCCAUACUAUAAAUGCCGACACUGUUGAACAAGCCAGAACAGAGGAACAGGAACCUAAUGCUGAGGCAGAAUCUAGUGGGCCAGAACAGGUUCUUCAAGAGGAGCAGGUAGUGUGUAAGGCGGAACCUGUGGAUGAUGGAUACCUGGAAGAAGAACACACGUCUGUUGUUAAGUUACAAGACCAUGCUGCUCAGCCAGACAUUUUACCAAGCUGUGUGGAAAGUAAGGUACAUGUAGCGGAACCUAGUGCUGUCACAGAAAAUCCUGGAUUCUUGGAUCCGCAGGUUGUGGUCAAACAGGAGAUUGAUAUUGAACCAUUUGUGGAUCCAUCUGUCAAAACUGAGGUGGGAAUGCCACAGCCUAUAAUCACACCUGUGUCUACCUGUAUGGAAGAACCCAUUCAUUUGAGACCUGGACAGGUGAGCUCUUAUCCCGAAGGCAAAGUACAGGUCAAGAGCUCUCCUGUGAAGGAGGAAGAAGAGGAUGGAGCUAUGGAAGAUGAUGAUGAAGGCUUCACAGUGGUGGCUGAGUGGACAGAGCCCACGAGAGUGGAAGGGACCACACCUAGCACCCAGCCAGAUUAUAACAGCGAUGGGACAGGGGAGAAUGGAAGGGCAUCAGCCUCGCCCUUACCUGGAAAAGAGAGUAAGUGUCCUACCCCUGGCUGUGAUGGGACAGGUCAUGUGACAGGCUUAUACUCUCAUCACAGAAGUUUGUCAGGAUGCCCACGAAAAGACAAAGCAUCAGCUGAAGUUUUGGCCAUGCAUGACCAUGUUUUGAGAUGUCCAACACCAGGCUGCAAUGGUCGGGGUCAUAUCAACAGUAACAGGAAUUCUCACAGAAGUUUAUCAGGCUGCCCCAUCGCUGCCAUGGGUAAAAUGGUUAACCAGCAGACGAAAAAGCAAGGAAUACACCUGGUGGUAAUUCCUAAAGAUGACGACCCUCAGAAAGCUGUUCUUGCUGCAUGCACAGAAAAGGAGCUUAUCAAACUUGCACUACAGCAACCUGCAGGACAGGGUUCCUCUGACCGGGUAUUGAGACCAAUGAUCCUUACAAAGCAGUUGGAGCUACAGGGUUAUGACAACUACCCACCUUGUGUUUCCACUACUACACCCAGAAACAACCUGGUUAAGGAGCUGGAGAAAUACAACCGCAGCACAGAGGUGCAGAGUACAGAGCCCAAAGGCUACUCUUCCAAUGUGCCCAAGCCCACUUACGUGCCCAAACCCAAGGAGUCUGGUAUUGACCGCCCAAACAUUCUGAGCAAGCGGCCGCACUACAAACCUCAGUACAGAUUUGAUCCUCAGAUCCCCAUGGCAAUGAACCUGUCCCUGAGGACGCCCUCUGCCGGUAGUCCCGAUGAGACGGCCUCCCAGAGCCUCGACCUCAGUGUAAAGCGCACAACCACGCCCGAGGCAGCUGUGUAUAACAGAGACUACUCCAGCCCUGAGUCGAGGCUGGUUGUGCCGACGUACAGCCCUGAUCUACACAAUGUGGCCAUGAAACAUGAACCUAGCUCCCCACCCCAUGCUCCCUCCCCGGUCACCUCCUCCCCGCUCUCCACCUUACCCCUCAGCCACACUCCCAGGCCUGUGUCUCUCAAUGUGCCACAGGCCCUCUCCCCGUGCCAGACGCCAUGCGGUGACCCCAUGGAGAAAACUGAUGUGACUAGCUGUAUGUCGCCACUCACCCCACCGCGGCUUAAGGAAAGCAAAGAGCUCCUCCAGUGUCCCACCCCUGGCUGCGACGGGACUGGCCACAUUUCUGGCAAUUAUGCCUCCCAUCGCAGCUUAUCUGGCUGCCCAUUGGCCGAUCGGGCUGCAGUACAAGCCAAUCAAGUCGAUCAGAAAACUCCGUGGCUGGCCUCAAGCCCAUCUCCUUUCAUAUGCCCCACCCCAGGAUGCGAUGGCUCGGGCCACGUAACAGGCAACUAUGCCUCGCACCGUAGCUUGUCUGGCUGCCCUCGUGCAGCUAAGCUAAAGCGGAUGUUGGGAAAAGACGGCGACCGUAAGGACGAUGAACCGCUUAGAUGUCCAAUCCCUGGCUGUGAUGGCACUGGUCAUGUGACCGGUAAAUACUUGUCUCAUCGCAGCGCGUCUGGCUGUCCCCUGGCAAACAAAAACAAGAUACAGCGCCACCUACUGGCCAGAAUAGACGGCAGUCCAGAGGGAUAUUUGGACAAACCAAUCCGAUUUGAAGGAAUAACUUGCCCCACCCCUGGGUGUGAUGGGUCAGGUCAUUCCAACGGCAGUUUCCUCACCCACCGUAGUCUCUCUGGCUGCCCCCGAGCCUCGCUUAUCAUGAAGAGAGCUAAGCUCAGUGCUGAGGAACUCAAUGCCCUUCAGCAAAAAGUGGAAGCUGGAUACGACUUGGACAGUGACGAAGAGAUGAAGCGAAUAAAUGUGGCUAUUGACGACCUCCGACAGACGAAUGCGACUGCAGAGGCAGAUAUGGUGAAACUUCGCUCGGACGUCUCGUGUUUGGAAAACAAGGUUCAGUUGCAAGAAAAGGAGAUCCUGUUAGCAGAAGAACAGAACAACGGCCUAUCGGGCUACCUCCGCUCUGUCAGGUCAAAGGUCAUCUCCUGUCUACAGGGUAUAGAUUUCCCCCAGUACAACGGGGUUCUGAAUGAAGACAGCUUUGACAGUUACAUUGGUCAGCUGCAGACCUACUGCGGAGACCGAAAUGGACCCAAUAACGUUUUGUUUAAUACCGUUAAAGAGGCCAUAGCUGAAAUUCAGAUUGUGUGAAAGAUCUUGUUUCUCCGAGUUUGCACAUUGUGUGUUUAUUAUGAUACAAAUAUUCUGUGUUCAUGUGUUUCAUCCUGAAACAGAAGAAAGGUAUCACAAAAAAACUUACCCUCAGAAAGGCCAUAGUUUAUCAGUUUGUAUGUGGAAACACACAUAUCAAAAGUGAGUUAAAGUCAACAAAAGAUGACAAAUUUGUAUUAUGCUGGGUGUAUAUGGUAAUAACACAGUGUCCGGGGCCUCGUUGUUCAAAAGUGUUUUGUAGUUAGGCUGAGACUGGUAUUAAGAUUUAAGUCUGUCUUAACUUGUAAUGCACUUUUGAACAACCGAUCUCAGACUUCUAAACCUUCUUAACAUAUGACAAGGCAACUGCCUUGAAAUGAGGGUUAACCAUGCUUGAAGUUGGGCAUAGUGAUGAGGUUCUAUCUGUCCUGCCAAACUUCAGCAUGGCCAAAUGUAAAAUGGACACUUGUCUCAGCACAUGUCAGCGUAUGAUGAUAGAUGUGGUGCUUAGGUCAGAUAAAUGUACUUUGCCGGGGAGCUGGCUGAGGCCAAGAGAUUAAGGUGCUUGCCUUUUUAAUCACUAGAACACAUAAGGUGCGAGUUCAAACCCACCUUUGGGCAGAGAUUUUGUAGACUCACUCUCUCACUGUUCAUUGUCCAUGGGGUCAUGAAUAGGGAUACUUUUUCCAGGAUAACUGUGUAGGGCACAAAUAUAGUAUUGGAUAUGGCAUGCACUUCUAUGUUUUGCAAUAAACGUCAUAGUUUCAGCAUCGUGCAAACUUGGCAAGACUUAGGCAUUGCGGACUGAAGCCACUCUUCCAGCUUUAUAGGUGCUUUUGUGACUUUGUGAUGUGAAACAGUCAAUCAGUGUCAAAAAACAUUUCCAGGCUAAAACUAUUUUAGAAAGGACUGGUUUUGUACGUGUUCUAUGACUUUGUAUGAAUGAGAAAAAUGUUG